GAACUUACGACAAAACGAUUGAAUAAAAUAAACCAAAAGAAAGGCUACUUUGGAGUGAGUGAUUUCAUUGGUGUCCACAACCCACCUUAUAUGUCUGCGUUUAUAAUCAAAGCCCCGACGUUACAGAGCCAAACCGUCCACCCUUCAUUUGAAUUUCAUGCUUUUAGCACGUGUUCUCUUUGGUUAAGGUGUUUUAAGACUUCUUUAAUGGCCUUCAUGUCCACUAGAUUUGUUGUUAAAGACUGUACUUAUUUAUAUGCUUUGCGCGCUUUCUACACACCAACCAGCUGUUCAGUUUCUUGUAGGAGGCUGCAGGCUCAUCUGGGAACUCCCAACUUUUGUGCAAGGCUGCUGCUAAUGUAUCUGGAGAUGUUCCCGCUAACAGUUCUAGCAGUAUGAGUCAGUAUGAGAGAAUAAUUGAAACUCUGACUACCCUUUUUCCUGUCUGGGUCAUAUGGGCACCGUAAUAGGGAUCUACAAGCCUGCUGCGGUAACCUGGUUGGAAACGGACCUAUUCACUCUCGGUCUGGGUUUCCUUAUGCUUUUAAUGGGGUUGACAUUGGCCUUUGAGGAUUUCAGACAAUGCUUGUGGAAUCCAUGGACUGUGGGUAUAGGGUUUCUUGCUCAAUUUUUAAUCAAACCCAUGUUGGGCUUUGUCAUUGCAAUGUCCCUAAAACUUUCCGCACCACUUGCAACUGAUCUUAUUUUGGCUUCAUGCUGCCCUGGUGGUCAGGCUUCGAAUGUGGCAACUUAUAUUUCAAAAGGAAAUGUAGCACUUUCUGUCCUUAUGACAAUGUAUGUUCCAUUUGCAUUCAUACAAUUAAAAUCCUUAAUUUUUUCAGUGUUCAACUAUCGGAGCUAUAGUCAUGACUCCACUCCUUACCAAGCUUCUUGCCGGUCAGCUUGUUCUGGUCGAUGCUGCGAGCUCUGCAUUUGGAUUUCUUCUCGCCCAGAAGCAUUUUACAAACCUGAGUUAGCGUUGUUUGCAUGGCGGUAUGGCUUUUUUCGCUCUCAAAAAACCUUCACAUCCCACAAUCCUACUAGCUCUGGUUUUCGUUUUGAUUGGGAUUUCUUCUCAUUAUUACCUCCUUUACAGCUUGGAGGGAGUGCCCUUGCAGUCUUUUGGAGGAACAGGCCGAUUCCAGUAGACGACAAAGAUGAGUUCAAGGAAUGA